AUGAACGUUGGAGGCGACGAUCGCCGGAUGUCCGCCCAGCCGUUCGCGUCCCGACCGUCGUGCGUGCAGAGUUCUCCGGCGAAACAAGGUAGCUCGGCUCCUCAUCGGCUGCGGCGUGGGUUUUGCUGCGGGCUUAAUGACUGUAUCAGCAUGGGCUCUAAAGUCUCCACUGGCCAUCACCAGCACCAGCAAACGUCUGUUUCUAGAUUGCAGCAGCAGGUGGAGGAAUUAGAGAAGGAAGUCCAAAUGGAGAAGGAGCUUAGGACAAUGUACAGGAAGAGACUGGAGAGAACCCAGGAUUACCUCCGGUACUGCCUUCAGACAGCCAAAGACAGUGGCUUUCUUCAGCUAAUCAUCCGCCACAAGCACGACGACGAAGAACACAGCAACAAUAACGACAACAAUAAUGCUACUGAUAACAAUAACAUUAGCAGUAAUAACAAUUCUAACCAACGAGAAGAGGUCCUUGUCUCUCCUCAAUUCUCCAAUGGCAAUGUCAGUCCUCAGCUUCCCACCAUUACAUUAGUGCAACCUGAGUCCGAUAUUUCAAUCGUGGUUGAUCAGGCCAGGAUCAAUGGUUGGUACAUUGAGCCACAUGAGAUCGAGCUGCAGGAGAAGAUAGCCCGGGGGACCACUGCGGAGAUAUACAGGGCCGUGUGGCGGGGCCUCGACGUGGCAGUCAAGUGCAUCUUCCCCGACUUCUUCCACACGAACCAGAGCGGCGCCGCCUUCUUCGCGCAGGAGCUCGAGACCUUGUCACGGCAGCGGCACCGCUUCGUGCUGCAGCUGAUGGGGGCGUGCAUCGACCCGCCCGAGCGCGCAUGGAUAGUGACCGAGUUUCUGGGCUCAACGCUGAAGGAGUGGCUCCACGGGCCCGGGAACCGGAGGACGGGGGAGAGGGUGGAGCCACUGCCCCCGCUCGGGGAGCGGCUGAGCCUGGCUUUGGAGAUAGCCCAAGCGAUGGAGUAUUUGCACGAGCAGAAGCCCAGGGUGAUCCACAGGGACUUGAAGCCCAGCAACAUCUUCCUGGACGAUGCAAUGCAUGUGAGGGUCGCUGAUUUUGGGCAUGCCCGGUUCUUGGCAGAUGACGAGCUCGCAUUAACCGGUGAAACAGGGACUUAUGUGUACAUGGCGCCCGAAGUGAUACGGUGCGAGCCUUACGACGAGAAAUGCGACGUGUACAGCUUCGGGGUCAUACUCAACGAGCUCGUCACCGGCGAACACCCUUACAUCGAGACCGAAUUUGGCCCAGCCCAGAUUGCAGUGGAAGUAGCAGAAGGCAAGCUCAGGCCUGCGCUUCCGGAUGAUGAAGAUGGCCAUCUUGAGGAGCUUGUCCAACUCGUAUGCCUCUCUUGGGACCAAGACCCUUCAAUUAGACCGCACUUUUCCUCAAUCACUCGCAAUUUGAAAGUAAUUAAGCAGACGCUUACUGAAAAUGCUUAGAUUUUAG